AUGACUGAAUGUAUUCAAUACGAUGGCGAUGAAUGCGUGGAGUGGAGCGAGUACGACUUCGUUUACGACAUUGUCAAUGGCGAAAAUGGCGAGGUGCAGAUUCAGCAACCGCCGCCAGAGGUGGAAAAAGCACCCACGUUUUCCAACGAAAGAAUGAAUCCAUAUAACAUGAAGAAAUACGGCAUCUUGCUCGUCGUUUUCGUCGUCUGUUUCGGCUACUGCUGGUACUGCUGCAAGAAAAACACAGAAAAGGUUCAAAAAAUGAAAAAUGGCGGCGACGGAAAAUCUUCCAUUUCCUCCAAAUCGGCCGGCAUCGGCGGUGGACCAGUCAAAAAGCCGCCAAAAGAGAUCUCCGUCCAAAUCGAUGCGGAUUCCGAAGACGCUGACGAUGUUCCUCCAGCGCCAUCUGCUGCCCGUGCUUUGCGUUUUUCAAGAAAACAGGCGGAAAAAAUGGGGGAAGUAUUCGUGGAAAAAGUAACGAGGCCAUUCAAAAAGCCACAGAAAGGCUACGAAGUAGUCGGAUCAGACACUGACUCCGUCGCAGAGGAACAUUCAGAAGCAAACACGGACAAAUACGGCUCCGUUUCCGACCGAUUCUUUUAG